CGCUCCAGAGCGCGCGGUAUCCGGUCAAAUUGAACAAGGGACUACUCAGAUCAGCAGGUCUUGGCCUUUAAUGAAAUAAAACCGUUUAAUUUUUAAACGAAUAUCAGUUCAAAAUGAACACUAGCGAAUAUCUUAACCAACUACUAAAAGAUAAAACAACCAUUUCAAAAAUGCCCAAGAUAUUUCUACAUUUGGAACGACUACUCGACGAAGAAAUUAACCGUAUACGAACUGAGCUAUUCCAUGGUCCAUGCAAUGGCCUACCAUUACCCGCCUCUGCACCACUUAACCUACCACCAUCUAACGGUAAAAAUGUAAAACUAACUGAAAAGGUGUUUGCUCCUGUCAAAGAGUUCCCAAAGUUCAAUUUUGUUGGACGGAUUAUUGGACCAAGAGGAUUAACUUUAAGAAAAAUUGAAGCAGAGACAGGCUGUAAGCUUUUAGUUCGUGGGAAAGGGUCAAUGAAAGAUAGAAAAAUGGAGGAAGAGAAGCGUGGUCAACCAAACUAUGAGCAUUUGGAGGAAGACCUUCAUGUUCUGAUAGCUGUUGAAGAUACUCAAGAAAGAGCAAGUGUAAGAUUGGAAAGAGCUGUUAAUGAAAUCAAAAUGCUGAUGAAACCAGUGGAGGAUGGUGAUGAUGAAAUAAAGAGGGAACAACUGGGAACAUUGGCGCUCAUUAAUGGUACAUACAGACCACCAGGCAGUAAUGGUAACAUGAACAUGCUCAGUCCUCCUGCAACGCCAGUAUCUGGUGCCUUCCCUGGAGUUAGAUCACCCGCAGUUGGAAACCAUUUGUCAACGGCAAUGGCAGGAACCGACUUUGGAUUCUCAUCUCGGGGAGGUGUUGUGGAUAUCUCAAUGGAUGGAUCUUUCAUAGAAAAUGGUGGUCUGUUUGGAUUAGGUGGGAAUCCAAAAGUUCGAAGAGGUCUCGUGCGGGAACAUCCAUACUCAAGAUUCCUAGCUGAAAAUGACCAUGUACAAAGGUAACAAGCUAACCUGAGUAACCUAAAUUUGUUUAUCACAUAGUAACAAAACACUAAACUAAAAAUACAUAUGUAAGAUACCUAAUACUUAACUUUAACAGUUUAUCACAGUAAAUGAAUUAUUAUUAUAUAAUUAAUUUUAAAAAAGUGGAAAAAUAAUAUAUUAUGUUGCUGGUUAAUAUAUAAAAAGAUGAUUAUUAGCUUUAUUAUAGCUGUAAGAAAACUAAUUG